GCAAGACAGUAUGUACUUACAACUACUUGAAAGAUAAAACUAAUUAAAACUAAUCAAUGACGUAUAUGAAUCAUAACAACAGCAACAUACAUACAUUACUUGAAGUGUUAUUUUAUUACAAUAUUUUGUAAACCACACGAUAAAUAAGAUAUUGCAUGAAGCUCUAUCUUAACAUUAAAGGACGCAGAGUCACGUAUUGACGAUAACCUUAUCGAAUGUUCCGAUAAUGCGAACGUAUUUUAUUCCUGAUCAUUAGUACAUAUUGGUAAGAUAAGCGUCAUCGAGCAGAUGUCGGCUUAAUUUUUUAAUUGAUAAUUGCGUCUUUUGAUUGAUAUAAAUAUGCUCGAGGAAGUAGCUUAUUCCCAGUGUCAUUUACGACUGCAAGCAAUCACCAUUCUAUUGAAAAAAGUUAGUGAUCAUUGCUUGAUACACUUCUCUUUAAAAUGACGUUGAUUAAUGUUGCAAACGUAAUAAACAUGUUAGUGACUACGUUUCAAAUUGCGAGUAUAGCACACACACCUGUAACGCCGUCUGAAAUUGAAGUGCAUAAUGAAAUUCAUGACAUUAUACAAAAUUUUCUAAACGUACAUUCCGUAUCAUUAAUUGAACAUGAUUACGUGCUUGAUUUUGCCGAUCCAUCAGAACCACAUGGAGCACAAGUUGUAGAGUACAUUACAGCUGCAGAAGAAGAAGAAGACAAUUUUGAACCUGAAGAAUGCAUUGUUGACAAUGAAGGUGGAAAAGUCGACUUCAGUUAUAAGAGAAAAGCUGUGGAGUUUUGGAAAAGCGGAAAAAAGGCACGUCGAUCUUUUACUACUGUACAGAGAAAUUGUCGCAAGGUUAAAUCCUUGAGCCAGUUUUACAGAUGGGAAGCGAGUGUAGAGAAAGGUGGAACAAAUGCAGAUAAAUUUCAAUUUAUUGCGGAAUAUGUACUGCAAAAGUUUGAAGAAGCUUCUGACAGAAGAUCUAUUGUUCACGAUAUGAAUUUAAGAUUCUGGGCCUUGGAGGCAAAGGACCAAAUGGACUUACCCGAAUUCAAGGCAAGUAAAUGGUGGAUUUGGAAAUUCAAGAAUGUACAUAGAAUUUUUCUCGCAAGAUAACAACAUCGCGAUCUACGCUUCAAGAUAUUGGUAACCUACAAAAUAUCGCAGAAUUGUUUGUUUUAAACGUAAGAUCUGACAUCCCAGCUAUCGGAGUUGAAGAAAUUUAUAAUGCAGACGAGAGCGGCUUCAACCUUGAAAUACAUUCUGGGCGAACAUUGGCGAAAUCAGGAGUAAAAACAGUUGAAGCGAUGGUUCAAUCGGUAUCUUCUACAACACAUAGCUACACUAUAAUGCCUAUUAUUUCGGCAAGCGGACGUCUUCUUUCACCACUAUAUAUAGUUUUAAAGGAGUCUACAGGAACAUUUGGUCCGAGGGUGCAAGAAACUCUAUUCCGUCCAGUUAACAUUUACAUCCAAGCUUCAAAAUCAGGAAAACUCACGUCUGAACAUUUCAAAACUUGGUUCAGCGAAGUGUAUGUACCAAAUACUGGCCGUAAAAGCAUGCUACUACUCGACUCGUGGACGGGACACUGCCCGAGCCAGCUAGAGCAGUUGAUUCCACAAGACAAAGAAGUAAAAUUUUCAACCAUUCCAAAAAAGACAACGGCCUUCAUUCAGCCUUUAGAUGUGUUUGGAUUCCGGAUUUGGAAAAAUUUCGUGCGAACAUUUUCGGAUAAUGUAAUUCUCCAAGAGAAACAUGUCAAUUUGCACUCACGUAAUGAAAUAAUUAAAUUGCAAUCACUAACUCAUAAUCAGCUUUCUUCGCCCAGAUUCAAAAAUCUUUUCCAAUAUGCUUGGUUUAAAAGCGGAUAUCUAGAAACGCAUCCCGGUGAAUUUCAAAAUCCUGUAGAUUUCUGUUACUUCAGGAAAGAAAAGCAUAUACCUAAAUGUAGUAUUUGUGGGCUGGCCGCUUUUAUGCGCUGUGCAUGGUGUGGCGAGUAUUUCUGUUUUAAACAUUUCUAUGAAGAAUAUCAUUACUGUACCAAUUAUAUUGCGUAAUGUUUAGUGUAUCUGCCGUUUUGUACUAGUACAACUCUUCCAAAAUAUAAUUAAACAACAAAGCCUGUACAAAAAGCGAAUGCAAAUGUUUUAUGUAUCAGGAUUAAUCAGAAUUAAUUAAAUUAAUUCAUUUAUUCAUUCAAAAUAGAUACGAACCGUCUUGCUUUAAUAAAUGAAAGAUGCUUGAAAUUCAUAUAAAUUAUGAUUUAAAUAUUGUAACAUUAUUAUAUCGUUACAGAUUAUCUUACAAUUAUGUACUAAUGAUCAGGAAUAAAAUACGUUCGCAUUAUCGGAACAUUCGAUAAGGUUAUCGUCAAUACGUGACUCUGCGUCCUUUAAUGUUAAGAUAGAGCUUCAUGCAAUAUCUUAUUUAUCGUGUGGUUUACAAAAUAUUGUAAUAAAAUAACACUUCAAGUAA